GUGAGACCAUGACCUGAGCCAAAGUCAGACGCUCAACCAACUGAGCCACCCAGGCGCCCCAUUCCUCAAAAGGGACGGGGGGAGUGGUGGCCUUUGCAUGGUGGAGGGAGGCCUGGGCCCCAAGUGAUUCUGGGAAAAGGGCACGCUCUGGUGGUGCGGAGCCCAUCCCUGGGGAGCUAAUAAAGGUGGCGUAAAUAAAGGGUGGGACGUAGGCGGGGGAGGGGCGCGCAGUUGCUAACAGUGCGCGCGCGCAUCACGGAGCUGCCAUAAUGGUUUGGCUCCCGCUCAGUUCCCAGCGCCAGUACCUGACUCGCCUGGGUCACUGCGCCCCGGAGCCUCCGCAAGUCAUGUCCCGGCUGCGCCUGUUGGCCCCACUGCUUGUCCUUAUGUGGCAACCGUUGUGGCUGCUGGUCCAGGCAGCUCAGCCUCCGGAGUGGGCCCUGGACCCUGCCCAGCUGACCUCCGACCCCCUGGAGGCGGCUGAGCCCUGGUCUUCGCGCUCCUCUGAUCCCCCACCCGAAUCGCCCCAGGCACUUACACCCCCAGCCGAGCUGGGGGGCUUUAAUUACCUGGGGUCCUCUGCUCCAGCCCAGAUGUUGGCCCUGCCUAAGGAGUUGACGGAGACUUUGGUUCCAUUCCUGGACACGGAUUCCGUUGGAGAACUACCCCCAGGGCCAGAUGAGGAUCUGAAUGACCAGCUAACCCAGCAUCAAAGGCUCCCAGAGGUGGUUCCAAUGCCAGGUUGGGAUUAUUUAAUGUUUCCCAAGGUUACAGGUAAGCCUUUAGAUGUGGAACUUACCACAACUCCAGGGCCUGAUAAAGGUGUUGAGUCUUCUAUAGCCCAGCAAGAGGCCCCACCUCAGCCUCUUGAACAUACUGAGGAAGCAGAACUGUCUCUAACCCAGCAAGAGACCUCGGGUAAGCCUCCAGAGGAGGUUGAGCCUUCAAGUGAGCAGGAGACCCCAGGUCAGCCUUCCGAGCCUCCUGGGGUGAUUGAUCCUUCUCUAAGGCAGCAGGAGACCCCAGCUCAGCCUUCCGUGCCUCCUGAGGAAGCUAAGCCUUCUCUAAGCAAACAGGAACCCCCAGCUCAGCUUGCAGACCCUUUUGGAGAAGCUGAACUUUCUCCAACCCAGGAGGAGGUCUCAGCUCAGCUUGCAGAGCUCCUUAAUGAGGCAGAAUCUUCAACCCAGCAGGAGACUCCAGCUCAGUCUCCAGGGGAGAUAGAAUCUUCUGCAACCCUGCAAGAGCAACCAGCUCAGCCUCCAGAGCUGCCUUCCAGGGAGGUGGAACCUUCUCCAACCCAGCAGGAGCACCCAGCUCAACCUCCAUGGCAUCAUAAGAUGACAGUUUCACCUCCAGGUCACUACCGUGAUCAACAUUUAAACCUGCCCAAUGUCAGUUUGAAACCUCCAGAUGUGCAGCUUACCAUGACUGCAGAACCCACUACAGAGGUGGGACCUUCUCCAGUUCAGCACGAGACUAUAGCUCAGCCCUCAGUGCCUCUUAAUGUGGAAGCUUUGGAAACCCAGCAUGAAGCCCCAACUCUGCCCUCAGAUUCUGCAACUGAAUCUUUGCCAGUUCAACAGGAGACUCCAACGCAAUCUCCAGAAUCUACCACACAGGACAAACUUCCAACACAGCAGGAGACCCCAGUUCAGUAUCCAGAAUAUCCUGGAGAAGUUGAACCUUCUACAACCCAGCAGGAGGCCCUAGCUCAGCAAUCACAGGCCCCUGAGGAGGGUGAAUCAUCCUCAACCCAGGAGGAGGCCCCGACUCAGCUUCCAGAGGCCCAGGAAGAGGGUGAACCUUCCCCUCUCCAGGAGGAGGGCCAGGGUCAGCACCCACAGGCCUCCAAGGGGAGUGAACCACCUACAACCCAGGAGGAGUCCCCAGCUCAGCAUCCACAGACCCCUGAGGAGGUUGAACCUUCUUCAACCCAGCAGGAGGCUCCAGCUCAGUAUCCUCAGGCAUCAGAGGAGGGUGAGCCUUUUCCAACCCAACCAGAGACCCCAACUCAGUAUCCAGAGCCCCUUGAGGGGACUGAACCUUCUCCAGCCCAGUCAGAGGCCACAACUCAGCAUCCAAAUCCCCUUGGGGAAGUUAAACCCGCAACCUAUCAGGAGGCCCCAAGUCAGCAUCCACAGACCUCUGAGGAAAUUAACCCUUCUGCCACUCAACAGGAGCCUUCUGGUGAGGUUGAACCUUCUCCAACCCAACAGGAGGCCCCAGCUCACUCUCCAGAGCGUCAGGUGGUAACAGUUUUUCCUCAAGGUCAGAAUCAAGCUCAGCUCCUGCUGUUGCCUAAUGUCACUGUUAGACCUGUGGAUUCCUCAGUUACCAUGACCUCAGAAUCCACUAAUGAGGUUGAAGCUUCUCCACUCCGAGAAGAGGCCUCAGCUCAGUCUGGAGUGUCCCCUGAGCAGUUGGAACCUUCUCCAACCCAGCAGGAGGUCCCACAUCAGCAUCCAGCGCCCCCUGAAAGUGUUGAAUCUUCUCCAGUCCAGCAUGAAGUCUCAACCCCACCCGAAGAUUUUCCUGAGGAAAUUGAACUUUCUCCAAGCCAGCAGGAGAGCUCAGCUCUGCCUCACGUGCCUGUUGCAAGUAGAGAACCUUCUCCAAUCCAGCAAGAGGUCCCAGCUCAGCAACCAAAGCCCAAUGAGGGGGUCGAGUCUUUUCCAGUUCAGUAUGAGCAUCCAGCUCAGCCUCCAGGGUCCUCUACAGAUGUUGUAGCUCAGUCUCCAGCACAGCAUGAGGUGACAUUCUCACCUCCAGGUCCAGGUGAAGCUCAGCAUCCAGUGUUGCCUAAUAUCACAGUUAAACCUGUGGAUCUGAGGAUUUUCAUAAGUCCCCAGGCAACUAAGGAGCUUAAACAUCUUCCAGUGCAGCAGGAUGUCCCUGCUCAAUCUCCUAUUCCCCCUGAGAAAGUUGAAUUUUCUCCAGCUCAGUCCAAGCGUCUUUCCCAGUCUCCAGAGUCCCCUGAAGAUGAGUCUUCUCCAGGCCAACAAGAGGUCCUAGCUCAGACUCCAGACCCCCCUAAGGCUGUGGAACCUGCUUCAGGACAACAGGAGGCCCCAGCUCAGUCUGUAGUCCCCCAGCUGGCCCCAGCUGUAUCUCCUGAGCCCCCUAAGGAGGUAGAACCUUCUCCCACACUGCAGGAGGCCCCAGCUCAGCCUUCAGAGCCCCCUAAUGAGGCAGAGUCUCCAACCCAGCAGGUGGCCCCAGCUCAGUUUCCAGUCCUCCAGGAGUCCCCAGCUAUAUCCCCUGAGCCCCCUAAGGAGGUGGAACCUUCUCCCACACCUCAGGAGGCCCCAGCUCAGCCUUCAGAGCCCGGUAAUGAGGCAGAAUCUUUUCCAACUCAGCAGGAAGCCCCAGUUGUAUCCCCUGAGCCCCCUAAGGAGGUAGAACCUUCCACACAGCAGGAGGCCCCACCUCAGCCUCCAGAGCCUCCUGAGAAGGUGGAACCAUCUCCAGUCCAGCAGGAAACCCUAUCUCUACCUCUCGAGCCACUUAAGGAGAUAGAACCUUCUCUAACACAACACGAGGUACAAGCUCAGCCUUCAGAGGCCCCUGAGAAGGUAGAACCAUAUCCAAUUCUGCAGCAGGCUCCAACUCAACCUCCGGAGCCCUCUAAGGAGGCAGAAACUCCUCCAGCCCAGCAGGAGGCCCCAGUUCAGCCUCCAGAGCCACCUGAGGAGGUUGUAGCACAACCUCCAGUCCAUAAUGAGGUGACAGUUCCACCUCUAGGACAAGAGCAAGCUCAGCAUCCAAACUUGCCCAAUGUUACUGUUCAGCCUGCUGACCUGGAGCUUACUGUAACUCCAGAACCUACUGUGGAGACUGAGCAUUCUACAAUCAUGCAGCAGACUAUAGCUCCUCCAGAGGACACUGAGGUGACACCUCCACAUCCAGAGCAGGUCCAGGCUCAGCAUCCAAAUUUGACUGAAGUCAGAGUUCAGCCUUUAGACCUGGAACUGACCAUAACUCCAGAACCCACUACAGAGGUUGAAACUUCAACCACGCAAGAGAUCCCAGGUCACCCUUCAGAGCCACCUAAGGAGGUUGUGGUUCAGCCUCCACUGUUUCAGGAGGUGACAGUUCCAACUCCAGGUCUGGAUCAAGCUCGUCAUCCAUUGUCACCUAAUGUAACAGUUCAGCCUUGGGACCUAGAGCUUACCAUAACUCCAGAACCCACUAUGGAGGUUAAAGCUUCUACAGCCCUGAAGAAAACUACAGCUCCUCCAAAGGACCUUGAGGUAACAUUUGCACAUCUAGAGCAGGUUCAGGUUCAGCAUUCAACCUUGAAUAAGGCCAAAAGUCCACAGACCCCAGAUCAGCCUCCAGAGCCGCCUAAGGAACUUGUAGCUCAACCUCCAGUAUAUCAAGAGGCAGCAGUUCCAACACCAGAUCGGGAUCAAGCUCAGCGUCUGUGGUUGCCGAAUGUAACAGUUCAGCCUUUGGACUUGGUGCUUGCUGUAACUACAGAACCCACUACGGAUGUUAAACAUCCCUCAGCCCUGCAGCAGACUACCGCUCCUCCAGAGGACCUUGAGGUGACAUUUCCACAUUCAGAGCACAUUCAGCAUCCAACCUUAACUAAAGUCACAGUUAAACCUUUGGACCCAGGGCUUCCCAUAACUCCAGAAUCCACUACAGAGACUGAACCUUCUCUAACCAUGCAAGAGACCCCAACCCAGCCUCCAGAGCCACCUAAGGAGGUUGUUCAGUAUCCAUCCCAACAGGAAGUGAUAGUUCCCACUCCAAGUAAGGAUCAAGGUCAGCAACCAACAUUGCCCAGUGUCACAGCUCAUCAUGUGGACUUGGGGCUUACCAUAACUCCAGAACCUACUACAGAGGCUGAACAUUCUACACCCAUGAAGGAGACUACAGCUCCUCCUCCAAAGGACCUUGAGGUGACACUAGCACAUCCAGAGCAGGUUCAGAGUCAGCAUCCAAACCUGACUGAAGUCACAGUUCCACCUAUGGACCUGGAACUUACUGUAACUGCAGGAUCCAGUGUGGAGACUGAACCUUCUCCAACCAUGCGAGACACCCCAACUCAGCCUCCAGAGCCACCUAAGGAGGUUGUAGUUCAAUAUCCAUUCCAGCAGGAAGUGACAGUUCCAACUCCAAGUAAGGAUCAAGGUCAGCAUCCAGCAUCACCCAUCAUCCCAUUUCGUCAUGUGGAGCUUACUAUAACUCCAGAACCUACUACAGAGGCUGAACAUUCUACACCCAUGAAGGAGACUACAGCUCCUCCUCCAAAGGACCUUGAGGUGACACUAGCACAUCCAGAGCAGGUUCAGAGUCAGCAUCCAAACCUGACUGAAGUCACAGUUCCACCUAUGGACCUGGAACUUACUGUAACUGCAGGAUCCAGUGUGGAGACUGAACCUUCUCCAACCAUGCGAGACACCCCAACUCAGCCUCCAGAGCCACCUAAGGAGGUUGUAGUUCAAUAUCCAUUCCAGCAGGAAGUGACAGUUCCAACUCCAAGUAAGGAUCAAGGUCAGCAUCCAGCAUCACCCAUCAUCCCAUUUCGUCAUGUGGAGCUUACUAUAACUCCAGAACCUAUUACGGAGGCUGAACAUUCGACAACCCUGAAGAAGACUACAACUCCUCCCCCAAAGGACCUUGAGGUGACACUUGCACAUCCAGAACAGGUUCAGAGUCAACAUCGAAACCUGACUGAAGUCACGGUUCCACCUAUGGACCUAGAAAUUCCUGUAAGUCAGCAACCAGCGUCAUUUGAGACAGGUUUUCCUCCAACAACUCAACAUUCUCUGGUGCAUUUUGUAAACUAUACCUCCGAAAAGGCAUACACCACUUUAACUUGGCAACCAGAACAGAAUGCCACCACAAACCUCAAACUAUGUGAGCGUUGUACCUGCAAAGAUGAGACACUGUCGUGUGUUGGUCUCAGCCUACAGCAGAGGCUCCGCAGAGUGCCCGUGCCGGAGCCCGACACCUACAACGGCACCUUCACCAUCUUAAAUUUCCAAGGAAACUCUAUUUCUUACAUUGAUGAAAAUGUAUGGAAGGGAUACCGUUGGGCUGAGAAACUAAUUCUCAGUGAAAAUUAUCUGACCGAAUUACGUAAAGACACAUUUGAAGGCCUGCUAUCCCUCCAGUAUUUAAUUAUCAGUCGUAACCCUCUGUCAGCUGUUGAAGAUUCCUAUCUUUUUAAGUUGCCAGCAUUAAAAUAUUUAGACAUGGGAUCAACACAGGUGUCACUUACAACAGUUGAGAGCAUCCUCAUGAUGACCCUUGAAUUGGAAACACUGAUAUUACCUAGCCGUAUGGCCUGCUGUCUCUGCCAAUUUAAAAAUACUAUUGAGGUUGUCUGUAAGACAGUCAAGCUACAUUGUGACAGUGCAUGUCUGACAAAUGGCACACGUUGUGAUCAGGAAGUAUACCUAAGGAAAGCAGAAGGAUCAUUCAUGAAGGUAUUGAAAGCUCGAAAGAAGAGCGCCAGCACGGAGCUGACUAUUGAGCCAGAGAAGGCAUCCUCAGACAUAGAUCGUCUCCGUUUGUCAGCCUUUAUGAAUGAGCGGCUAGACUUCAAUAACGAAAGUGAUGUCAUUAGUGCACUGAAUUACAUAUCGCCUUAUUUCUCGGAGGGCAAUCUAGAAGACGUAGAAUCGACGCUGUUACCGUUCAUUAAAUUUCUGUUUUCAAAUAAGAGCCUAGACGAGGUUGAGAGUGUGGGGAAAAAGUUCCUGAGAGUGAACAAGGUCAUCAAGGGCCCAAAGGGCAUAUGGAAAAGGCCCAUAAAAGAACUGAGAUGUCAGAACAUCCAGAGGAAACAGAACGCCCAGCCGUCUGUGGAGAACAUGGCCAAGGAGAGAAGCCUCAGGAGACCAUCCCCAGGGGAGCUUCACGUGCUUCACGUGGCGCACAGGCCCAGCAAAUUAGUGGGAAGCUCCUUCAAUACAGAGCCUUCGUUCGUAGAUGAGCACAAGGCAGCGGUCUCUUCCUUCAUGAAGCAAUACUCUUUGGGCAGGCCUUCUGCCACCCCUGCUCCAAAAUCCCCACCUGACGUGAAAAAAAAAUCAAAAGACUUCAUGUACAGCGUUUUUGUUUUAGAAGAUGCAAAUGCUAGAGUUAGAAAUAUGAAGGCUUUCAGACCAGCCCCACACCCCAGAAAAACACACCGCUUUCAUAAAAGUCGCUCCUGUGUGGUCCACAGAACACCCAAGGCCAAACUGAAUCGAAAGUCCAGAAAGGAAAGUUCACUGAGUAAUAGACAGCUGCUUGCAAAGAGGCCUCCAUCCUCUGCAGUCAGGAGCCUCGUAAAUUCCCCUUCACGAGAGGAUUUUUCAUCUCCGGGAGAACUGAGUCCUCAGAAAAAUCCUUUUCCAGAAUUAUUUGCUCCUUCAGGAACUUACAGAGAAAACACUACUGCAGAGAACACUACUGCCCAAAAUGUUUCUGACGAAAAUAUUUCUACAGGAAACACUACUGUGCCAGAACAAACCCUCCCUGAAUUCACAAACCCUAAGAAUCUUUCCACUGCUAAUUCUACUGUUACUGCAGACAACUCUACGCCGACCGUUAAACAAACCAAUGAUACACAAUGGGAAUACCACAAUGCGGGCACUGGCUUGCCCCCAAAAGCCACAGGCUUCACUGUGUCAAAGCUCUCGUCCUCAGGUGAUCUGUUUGAAAUUCAGUUAAACCAGCAGCUACAGUCCCUCAUCCCCAACAAUGACGCGAGAAGCCUCAUUUCUCAUGUUAUCCGGACUUUGAAAAUGGACUGCUCUGAGACCCACGUGCAGCUGGCCUGUGCCAAGCUCAUCUCCAGAACAGGCCUCCUGAUGAAGCUUCUCAGCGAGCAGCGAGAAGUAAAGGUGUCCAAGGCAGAGUGGGAUACGGACCAAUGGGAAAAUGCGAAUUAUAUCAAUGAGAGCACAGAAGUCCAGAGUGAACAGAGAGGGCAGGAGUCAAGGGAGCUCACAAAAGAAGUUCCAGGCUAUGGCUAUACCAACAAACUCAUCUUGGCAAUAUCUGUGACUGGUAGUUUUGUGACGGUUUUGAUCCUAGUUUUCUGUCUCAUUGAGAUUUGUUAUCAUAGAGCAGCAGCCAAGGAAGGUAAAGAAGGAAGCUCAAGGGGCUUCUUUGGAUCUCUGCAGCAUAAGAGACGCUCAAAGGAAAGUGACAAUCAGGAGGGCUUUUUGUGGAGAAGGCGGCCACUUUGGCUUAGGGACAUGUACAGACCUCUCAAUGCCACACGCAAGAAAAACAUGGCACAGAAGCUACACGACAAGGAUUCUUCUGAUGAAGAUGAGAUUUUCCAGAUGGAACUAGGGGAGGCUGGCAAAGCCACAGCAGAGAAGGCCACAGAUUCCACUACUGAAGAGCUGGGGGACGAGAGUGAGACACUAUGUGAGGUUGUCACAGAGUGAACGCCGUCCUGCCUCAGGCCACCUACAAAGUUUACUUUCCGAUACUGGCUUCUCAGCAUUGCUUGUAAAAUACUUGUUUUUCUCCUAUUGAAAUGUCUAAAUCCAUACCCAAUUCUAGCCACGUGGUAAGGAACUAAAACGUAAACAGUUCGAUAUUUAUCUGCAGACAACAGGGGCCACAGGCGAGAGAAGCAGGGCUGAAGCCAGGGUCCCUCGUGGUAGCCAGUAUUUCCACAAGACACAGUCUGGGCCAAGUAGGGUGACUGGGCGUCUCUCCCUCAUUUCCCUGAUACAGUCAGUCUCUGGAAACUGGAGAACGUAUCUUCAAGGGGCUUAGACUAUUAAGUGAAUUAACAGCUUAUUCUGGUGCUCUCUCCCCUGGCUCACCAAAUACCAGUUAUCCACAACGCGCUUGACCCCCUGCCCAUAGAGGAUCGUCUCUUUCUGGCCCCUCCGUAAGGUCUCUGGGGUUGCCAGUAUAUUUGGAUCGCUGAGCCUACCUCCACUGUCCGGCUGAGGCCUGUCUUUCUUCCCAAGAGCUCGAACUCAGACACAAAAUGUGUAGUUGCAAGUAGGGUGUUCCUCAACCUUACAAGCUAGUAGAUAAUUCCCAUUGGGUUUUUUUGUUUGUUUUCUUUAAAAAAAAAAAAAAAAGUCCCCACCCUCAGAGAGCUGGCAGGGAGAUGCUGGAGGGUUAGAGUAAAGAAUGUGUGAGAGCAGUAAUUACCCAGGACUGCCCUGCUCAGGCCGUUAUUUCAGAAAACUUAUUGGCGGGGGCACUUACUGGUCACCUGUACCACACUAGCCUCUGCUGACCCCACUGAGGGUCGGAUGCGUGCGGCUGGGCUCUCUCCAGUUCAGCCCAGCACCACACCUACCACUGCUUUCCUACCCAGCUCGGAUCAGGGCUGCACGAUUCCAAGAGAUAAUGCAGCACAACGUGCAGAAGACGCAAACAUCCCUCCACUUCUGCAGAGGAGGGCGUUAACCAGUCACAUUUGGGAUGUUGGGAGGAGUCGGGGUGCUUGGGUGGCUCCGUCCGUUGAGCAUCCGACUUUGGCUCAGGUCAUGACCUCAUGGUGUGGGAGUUUGAGCCCUGCAUUGGGCUCUCUGCUGUCAGCACAGAGCCCACUUCAGAUCCUCUGUCUCCCUUUCUCUCUGUCCCUCCCCCCAGCUCACACACUGUCUCUCAAAAAUAGAUAAACGUUAAAAAUAAUGAAGUCAUCUAUACUUUCUGAGUAAAUGAAUGACAGAUUUUAGAAAAAGGACGUCAGAGUCAAAAUACAGUAGUGAAUCAAAGAAAUCCUGAAUGAACAAGGUUUGAUAAUCGCUUUU